AUGGAGGAGACCAAGGAAAAUGAAGAAAGGUUUAAUGACUACAUGGCAGUGAGAAUCGUGGCUCAUGACCAUUACAUGCACACCAUAAAUAACCCUUCACUUUAUCACUUCGAGAAAAAUCCUUCAAGAAGUGGGUCGAAACAGCCUGAUAGGGUCGGUGCUAAGAUCAAGGACCAGAUCAUGGAUAUCCAGAGGUCAGAAUUUAUGAGGAGGAAUAUUGACAGAGUCCCAGUGACUAGAAUUCUUGGCUCUACAAAGAGAGGGCAAAGAGUUUGUUUAAACAUUCACAAUUAUUUCCCAUACUUUUUCACAGACUAUCCCAUCCCUUUAGUUGAGGGUAAGAACGAGUCAGAUUUCUUGUACGCUCUAGCUGAGAUUAUUGAAAGAGCAUUUACAAAGUUCACGAGAGAGAAGUACCCUAACAGUAAGAUCUAUGAACAACAGUUGAUCCAUUCUAUUGACAAAGUACGAGGGUGCCAAAGUAUAUAUGGGUAUAACAAUGAGAAGAAUAAAGAAUUUUUGAAGAUCACCAUUUAUAAUCCUUGGAAGUUACAGUCUUUAAAGGAGUUACUGUGGUCAGGACAUAUCCUUGAUUACAGAUUCCAGUCUUAUGAAGCUCAUAUCACCCAUUACAUGAAGUUGUAUACAGACUGUGACCUGUACGGAAUGGACUUCGUUAAAUUCUCAGAUUUCAAGUUCAGAAGGGGCGGACUCCCAAAACUCAAGGACAAAGAUCACUAUAAAAUGACUGUGUAUUCAAGUAGUUUUCUGGAUCAUCUGACUGAGAAGCCAGAGAGCUUCUAUAAAGACUAUUAUUUCUGAGAUUUGGAUCCAGAUUUGAAAUUAUUCGAUUACAACUACAUUAAAGAGCAUUAUUCAGUCACUGAUGAGGACAUAUUCUCCCCUUACAAAAAGCGAUCAGAUUGUGAUCUUGAAGUUGAUGUUGAGUAUUGUCUGAUAAAAUCUGGAGACUUGGCCCAAGACACCCAUCAGAAAUUAUCAGAAUCCCAAAGCAUAGGCUCAUCUAGGGUGAUUAAGGAACUUUCUCCCUCACAAGUCGAUAGCUUUGACUUUGAAGACGAGGAGCUUGAAUCACUAGAAGAAACAAAAAAGAAGUCAGAGAUUUAUAUCAGAGAGGGUGACCGCCUCGAAACUCAAAUAAAAUAAUCUCUACAAAAACCGAAAGAAGAGCUCUAGAGAUUGCAGACAAUUUUCAACACAAAAGAUGGCUGGUGGGAUCAUACCCAGGCAAAGUAUAGAAGCUAUUGAUCCUAACGAUUAUAACUAUAAUGAGAUAUUCGGCAGUCAUCUUGGAGAAUCAUCUAUUCGGAGCAGCUACUUUGAGAAUUGAAUCAGUAGCAUCAAGAAAUCCAAGCGCUCUAUUGCAAAAUUAUCGAAAUCUCGUGGAAGAGAGAAGAAUACACCAAAGAUUACAGAGGUAGAUAUUUCUGAUAUAAAUCUCUCUGCUGUAAAGCCUGCAACCACUAAGAAGAAAAGAAUGACAGUCCAGACAGAUGCAUCCAAAGCUUGUGAGAUCUAUAAGACCAAUAUAAAAUAUGUGAAAUCAAUGUUGACCCUCUGGAAGGAUGAAUAUGCGAGAAGGAAGAGGUUUGGAAUCACCCAACCCCUUCCUAACAUUUUUGACUCUGUCGAUCAACAAACUAGGACAAAGAUCCCUCAUGACCAGAUUAAGAACGAGAGGGUUCUUGAGAUGCUCAGGAAGAACCUCCGAACUUACUCUAAGGAAGAGAAGGGGUAUGAACGUUACCAAGUUGAUAAUCCUGAAGGAAAUCCUCUCGAAAUUCAGCUCCUUGAUCAUAACGAGUUCGAUGAAAGAUACGGAAAUCAGUAUUUUAGAAACCUCAUGAAAAUGAGAGAGAUAUGGGCUGACAAAUGCAAGCAAGGAGAUAACUCAGAGAAAAUAGAAUUUGAAGAUUAUGUCGACACCCUUGAUAUUAUCCCAUCAAUGAAGAUGCAGUUCAAACAAAUGUACAAGAAGAAGACAGCUAAAGAGGCUAAAAUGGAGCUUAUUGCGAUGGAUAAUACAAAAAUUACUGAAUUCUUUGAUCAUCCAAACUCUAGUAACUUAAAAUCUAGAACUAAACCUCCUAAGGAAGAGUCUAAGGAGCCGCUAGAAAUUGAUGAUGACAUCUCCUGUAUCAGUAAUGAGAUAGAAGAAGUCAAUAUUUGUUUAGAUGAUGAAAAGAGCCAAUUUGAUACAAAUCUUACUCGAAAAGAUAAGUAUAAAACACCUUUAACAACAUCUCAGAAGAUGCCUUUGUCUCAGAAGGAAGAAACCAGCCCAAUGUCUAUUCUGAAAUAUAAACUGAAGGCUCCUUCUGGAAGAGAAGUUAUGAAUAUCUGAAAGAGACUGCCAACUCAUGAAGAGGAUGCUCAGAAGUUAUCAGGAAUUUUUUACUCAAAUGAGAAUGAUCUGGUGCUGCAUUAUGCUAAUAAGUUAAUCUACGACCCAAAAACCAAAUGCACAAAGAAGUUACCCCAAUCUGCAAUGAACUCAGAGUGGGCCCAGGCCUAUGCAUUUCAUCAAAAAGGAGUCAAACUACAGCCAAAUGAGAAAACCUACAAUGAUGCUGGACUAAAGGGAAAACUUGAGUAUAAAGAAAGAACUAAGCCAGUUACAAUCAGGGAGGAUCUCCGUCUCCCAGAUUUUGCUCUCAAAAGGCUGACAAGGAAAUAAAUUCUGAAUUGAUGACAAAAGUGCGAGAGAGGAAGUCCUUAAGGGAUAUGAGCUUCCUGAGAGAAGUUUGAAGUAUCAUAAGAUCAGUCCCUCAGGCAAUGAGAUUCGAAGCAUGCUCCAACAACAGAAGAGGAUUGAUAGAGAAAUGAGAAGGACUAACGCUACUCCUAGGAAAAGGGACCAAAGCCCUCUCGGUGAAGGAUUUGAUCCAAAGAAAAUAUCAGAAGAGACUAAAAUAUAUGCUAUUCGAGAAAACAGACUGCUGACUAGGAGAGGAAUUUCUCCCUGAACUGAGAUCGAAAUGUCAGUUUUUAAGUCUAACAAGAAUAAGAUGAAAAGCAGUAGCGGUAAAAGAAAGAGGAGAAGGCCAGGCAACGGUGAGCUAACCUUACUGGACAUACACAGCCAUUUUGAGACGAUUCACUGCCUUACAACUAUGAUGGUAGAGCCAAUCGUCCUAACUCUUGAUGGCCAAAAGCCAAACCCUGAAAAGGAUGAAUUUAUUGGAAUCUGAGUGAUCAUUGACGAUGAGAGAGCUAAGUUAGAUCUUCAGGAAAAAUAUCAAAUGGUAAAGCAUAUUAUCCUCAUCAAAGAUGAGCAUGAUAGGGUUCACCAAGGAAAAGGCAUCCUAGUUGGUAUGAAGGACUAUGUCAAGCUCCAUUUGGUCAACAAGGAGUUCUUUGUGUUUGAUAAACUUCAUAGUUUAAUUGAGGAAUACAACCCAGACAUUUUCAUGGGCUAUGACAUUAACACAAUGUCUAUUGGGUACCUAAAUAAGAAGAUUCGGACAGAUAUUAAAUUGUCCAAUAUGGCUAAGAAGAGCAAUAAAUUCUUCUCUGCUGAGGAAGCAUACUUUGACUUGAGAGGCCAAGGAAGAGUUUCUAUUAAUGUCGUUGAUAAUAUGAAAAUCAACCUCCAUCUGAAGGAUUAUGAGCUUGAUAGAGUAGCUUUUGAAGUGCUACAGAAAAGAGAACCUAAUUAUUCGUUUGAUAUCUUGAAAAAGGCGUACCUUGAAGGAUAUCCUAGCAGAUUCAAGGUAUUUGAAUAUAUUUUCCAUCAAAUGGAGCUAUCUUACAAGUUUAUGGAUAAUCUUGACUUGAUUAACAGAAGUAUAACAAUGGCUAAAACUUAUGGAAUUGACCUUCAAUCAGUAGAGAGCAGAGGGACGCAAUACAGAGUAGAGAGCAUGCUGUCUCGUAUUGCAAGAGUUAACAAAUUUUUAUUACUCAGUCCCACACAGGAGCAAGUCUGGAAUCAAAGUCUUCUUGAAGUAAUUCCACUAGUAAUGGAGCCAGAAAGAGCUUUCCAUUUGGACCCUGUCUCUGUUCUCGACUUCCAAAGUCUAUACCCGUCUAUAAUAAUAUCCCACAAUUUGUGAUACACUACUUGUCUGGGAAAGAUAGAAGUAAACGAGAAUAUACAAAAUGCUUCUUUGUCAGCAUUUGGAAAUCAAACGGGAAGAAAGAAGACUCUAUUUACCCUAACCAAGAACAUCAAAGAGUUCUUUGGCUAUCAAGCAGAGGAUACUCUAUCUAAGGAUCAGGAAGACGAGAUUAUAGAUAGCAUAAUAGUUUCUCCAAACCUCACAGCUUUCGUAAAGCCACAUGUGAGGAGAGGACUUCUUCCUCAGAUGCUUUCUGAAAUUUUGAACACCAGGAUUAUGAUCAAGAAAUCUAUUAAGAUGUAUGAGAAAGGUAGCCAUGAUCAUAGAGUUUUAGACUCAAGACAAUAUGCUCUCAAGAUGAUUGCAAAUGUUACAUACGGUUAUACAGGAGCUGGAUUUAGCGGCAGAAUGCCUUGUGUCGAAAUAGCUGACGCUAUCGUAUCCUUCGCGAGACUCUCUCUUGAAGAAGCAAUCAAUUUCACAGAGUCAGAUGAAUGCUUUACUAAAAUCUUGAGAGAAAAAUGUAAGCCAACUGUUAUCUAUGGAGACACAGACUCUUGUUUUGUCAAAUUUCCAAAUUUAACAAUUCAAGAAGCUUAUGAAGCGUCAAAUCUUAUUGUCAAGGAAGUCACGAGGUGAAAUCCAUACCCAAUGGAGCUGAAGUAUGAGAAGGUUUAUAGACCAAUGUUCAACCUUGCUAAGAAACGGUACUGUGGGUUCAAAUAUGAGACUCCUGAUAGUGCUCCUGAGGUAGAAUCUAAAGGAAUCGAGACUAUCCGUAGAGACUUCCUCCCGAUAGUCAGUAAGAUCAUGAACAAAAUAAUACAUAUCCUAUUCAUCAAGAAUGACAUGUCUUUAGCCAAGAAAUAUCUUGAGUCACAAUGGAAGAAACUUGACUCUGGAGACUUAGAAUCAGUCGAUUUGUUCCUGAAAGAGAAACUUGAUAAAGACGAAUCAAAGGCUUUUGGCCUUCCUGAUACAGUCAAGCUUGCCCAGACUGCUAAAAAGCAGCUAGAAAAAGUUCUUGAUAGGGUAUUUCACAUCUUCAAUACUGAAGUAAGGGUUUGGAUGAAAGACCGGACGAUCAUACAAAGGUACCCUAUUGGGAUCACAGGAUUAUCAUCCUUUUUAAGUUCCAACAAAUUCAUAAUUCAAGGACAAGGGGACAAGAACAAUGAAAGUACUAAGUAUCACCAGAGCGUUAAAGCCUUAAUUAUGCAAAGAAGUUUUAACAAAUUCAGAGCUAAGCUUGAGGAACAAAAUAGUAUAUGCAAAAGAUGUGCUGGCAUCUUCAGAGAUAUUGAGGAUUUUCCAGACUCAGAUAAUACACCCAAGAGAUCUAAAGGAAGCGAUAAAGAUAGUGUAGUCAUUAAACUAGUCUCAUGAGACUCAUUGAUUUGAAGAAUUGCUUAUGACAAGACCUACAACUAUAGAAUCCUCCAGGCUUUGAACAUGGGCAAUGAAUAAGUAAUAAUUGGUUCUAUAAACUUA